AUGGAGACUCGCAGCGAGUCGAGCGAAGGGCCGCCGAGGCCGCGGUUGCAUCUGCCCGCAAGCUGCGAUCCGCCUGCGCCCAACGGGCCGACGAAGCAGCUGGUCUGGAUUAUCUUUGGCGGCACCGGCCACAUGGGCCGAUCCCUCGUCAAGAGCGCCCUUUCCCACGGCGACCUCGUCGCCUCCGUCGGCCGCGUCUUCGAGACGCGGCUCGAGGACAUGCAGGGCAUCCACGACAACUGCCUGGGCCUGCUGUGCGACGUGCGCUCGCGCGACUCGGUCAUCCGCGUCUUCCAGCAGGCCAUGGACCGCUUCGGCCGCGUCGACGUGGUGGCCAACUGCUCGGGCUACGGCGUCAUCGGCGCCUGCGAGGACCAGGACGAGCACGACAUACGCAACCAGUUCGAGACCAACUUCAUGGGCACGCUGCACAUCAUCCACGCCACGCUGCCCUACUUCCGCCGCCAGCAGGCCGGCCGCUACCUCAUCUUCAGCUCGACCUCGGGCGCCCUGGGCGUCCCCGGCCUGGGCCCCUACUGCGCCUCCAAGUACGCCGUCGAGGGCCUCAUCGAGGCGAUGCUCUACGAGACGGACGCCUUCCACGUCAAGGCGACGCUCAUCGAGCCCGGGCUGGUGCGCCGCGAUGAGCCCGACUCGGACACCAACCCGCUGCCCACCUGGGGCCACUUCUUCAUCAAGCCGCCCAGCGAGCACUACUCGACGGCAACGUCGCCGGCCCUCCACGCGAAGCGCAUGGUGCAGUGGCUGGGCGACCGCCAGCCCACCAGCGCCGUCAAGUGCGCCGAGCUGGUCUGGCAGCUGGGCCACUGCUCGUACCCGCCGCUGCGGCUGCUGCUGGGCAGCUACGCCAUUGAGAGCAUCAGGGACCGCAUGCGAUCCGUCACGGAGGAGCUGGAGGAUUGGAAGCAUCUCAACUUUGCGUCGCUGCCCGAUUCAGAGCAGGGCAACGACGAAAUGGAAGUGAAUGCCGAUUCUGCGGCCGUGUAA